AAACGGUUCUUUCAGCCGGCACAGCGUUGCUCGCUGCAGUGUUGCCGCAUACAUAAGGCAUUUCUGUAGCCGCAGCAAACGGUCAUACUAAGUAUUCAUAAAUAAACAAACAUGUCCAAACAAUAUGGCCUUAUUAUACCCGGCCAGCAGAAGAAGGCACCUCCAAAACGGCCCGAAAGGCCCUCGAUUUUCGACGAGAGCUCCGAGUCCGAAAGCGAUGAUGACCAAAAUGCUCCGCAAUUGAAGCCGAAAACCAGCGGCAUGUCCUUGGGUCCCAGUCUAAUGGAGCGCCGCGUGGCCCGGCGGCAGCAGGAGAAGGCCCUAGCCGAGGAUCCAACCAUAUUCCAGUACGACGAGCUGUACGACGACAUGGACAGCAAACGCGAGGAGGCCAAGCAGACGAAGAGCCAGGAGCCGCGUAAACCCAAGUACAUUGGCCGGCUGAUGGAGCAUGCCGAGCGCAGGAAGCUGGAGAAGGAGCUGCGCAUCGAACGGCAGGUGCAAAAGGAUCGCGAGGCCGAGGGCGAGAUGUACAAGGACAAGGAUACCUAUGUGACUGCCGCCUAUCGCAAGAAACUCGAGUCGAUACGCCAGAUGCAGGAGCAGGAGCAGCGGGAUGAGUACCUCGAGGCCAUUGGCGAUGUCACCAAGCAGAAGGAUCUGGACGGCUUCUAUCGCCAUCUCUACGAACAGAAAAUGGGCGGUCCCGCCCAGCAGGAUGUCGUCAAGCCCAAGACGGCGCCCACCACUGACGAGGUGGCGUACAAACCCAUCAAGGCAGAGGCGGCCAAGCACAGAAGCUAUCGACGACGUCGCGCCUCCGAGGAGGAAGAGGAGCAGACGAAGGGCAAGUCAGGCCAAGACUCGGAAUCCACAAAGUCAACGGAUCAGGCGGAAAGCAAGCCAGCACAAGCACAUUUGACCAACAACAUAGAUGCCGAUUCCGAUUUUAGCAUAGACGACUCCAGCGAUGAGGAAGAGGAGAAGGGGCACAAGAAGGAAAAGGAGGAGAAGGGGAAGGAGAAGCUGUCCCAGGACAAAAAGGAGGAUAAGGACAAGGCAGCGGAAAGUUCUGAGCCCGCUAAAGGCAAAGAACCCGAGGCCUCGCAACAAUCUCCCUCCAAAAAAGCAGAAAAUUCCAAUGGCGACGUGGACGAGAAGGAUCUACCCGUGCCGACAGUCACCAAACCUCCUGUCGACCGCACACUCAUCUGGCGCAAAAGGACCGUGGGCGAGGUAUUCGAGGCGGCGGUGGCACGCUAUCAGGAACGCAAGCGAGCGCGCCAGGGGUAAAAUGCAUCCAAUUAAAGUUCGAGUAGAUGGAAAAAACAAAGCAGUGAUUUCUGUAUUGUCUCCUUAUUAUGCUAAUUUCAAUUUGUCCCAUGCUCAUAAAUUAUUUAUGUGUACGCCAACGCUCUUAGCGGACCCUUUUCGGUGCAAAUAUUUUGCAUAAGUUGCAACAGUGUCCGUCCCCAGACCGUUUGCACUUUUCAUCUAAAACGGAGGAGGAGCAAAAAACAAAAAAAAUGGGUAAGAAGUACAAGGCAUGACGGAUGGAACCGCAGGAAAAGUUGGGGGGGGAGGGAAAAAGCACUGGAGGAGGAUGAGGAAGUGCCUGAAGGGGAAGAACGCGAAGAUAUUCCAUUUAUUUUGUAUGACGACGACACGACGACAAGUAGGAGAGCCAAAAAAAUAACUAGGGCUAGCUUAGAAGACCGAAACUGCAAAUACCCUUAAAGGUUACUAUUUGAUAACAAUAUACGUUAAAGAUUUCCACAAUACCUUACAAAUAUUGAUGAAAGUAGUUACAAAUAUAGAUACAGAUACAGUUCA